CCGACCCGUCAGCCUCUCUGGGCUGACUCCUUCCGAGAAGUCUUCACACCCGCUGUGUUCACCUCUCUUCAUCCCCUCCCUCCAUCUCGUUUGCCCAACGCGUGCAUCGUAGCAAGUCAUUCUCGCCACUAUGGUCAGUCCCAGCCAACGGAGCACUGUGGCGUCUGCCCCGAAGUCGCCCACCAUCAAACCUACGAAGCCUACGAGUUCGUCGGCCCCUGCCGCAACAUCGACCAAGCGGACGUCCACAACCAUAACCCCUAUCCCACGCACCCGCCCGCCAUCAGAGAUCCAGAAACAGACCUCCCUCCCACCGAUCAAGAAGACGUCCCCUGUCAGCGUACCAGGCCGCGCUCGAUCGUCCACCGUCACUGUCAGCACCACAAGUAAGAUGUCAUCGGUACCAGGCAAGCCAGCUGUCAGUCAAUCACUGCCUGCUCAGCGUACUGUGGCGCGUGCCUCUCGCCCUGUAAUCUCGAACAACACGACGGCUAAUCAGGACAGGGAAGACCGUCUAUCUCGCCUGACCCGCCCGACGCGGUCGUCUUCCCAGAAGACCGUGGACGCCGGCUCCCGCCCCUCACCGAAACGUCCUCCCGGCGUACCGAGGGUUGCAGGUACCACCAGCACCGAUGCUGGCAAGAGGCCGCGUUCUGGCUCUGUCAUCUCGGCGAAGUCUCCCCCUAAGACCGCGAGAGCUCCCGAUCGCGCUGGUACUAGGUAUGGGAACAGCAUCCCGAGGCCUGCGGCGUGCAAGAACGCUGCUUUGCUAUCAGCGACGACUAAGGUUUCUGUGUCAUCGAAGCCUGUCGAUCUCGUGGAGGCGACUGAGGUCUCUGCAAGCGAAGCUCAGCAGAAUGAAGCUGUCGACAUCGAACCAGACGUGCCCGAUGUCGACACGAGCGCGCCCAUCGCUUCGGUCCCACCUAUUGAUUCUGCAAGUGGUGCCCAGGUUGAGGGACCUCCCGUUAGCGAUGUCAUCUUGGAGGCAGCUGCAACGGACGCCGUCGAAGGAGCCAACGACACCGGCAGCAAAGACGUGUCCGACAAUCACGAGGCUAGUGUCGAGAUUGCUACUAGCGCGCCUGGCGAGGUGGACGGUCAGAGCGACGGCAAGUCUGCGAAGAUCCCUGACAACAAUGCACCUGAGGAUAACUGCGAGGCGAGAAGCAAUGAGAGUGACGAACUCGGCGGCGAACGGUGUGUCGUCGACGACAAAGAUACCAGUGUCGGACAUCACACAGAAGAAAAGAUCGUUGCCGAUGACCAACGACAAAUCGAGGACAAGAACGAGGAACGCAAUGGCAUCAUUGCGGACGACUCGAGCGGGAAGAACGAUAAUGACGGGACGCCUUCACCAGAGAGUGAGAGCAAGGAUGACGUACCAGCGGUCGAUUCACUCUCGGAUGUGAUUCAGUACUAUUCGUCUGAAUCAAGUAGCGAAGAUGGAGCUACCAGUGAGGACAGCGAGACCACUCCUUCCGAUUCUACCUCCUUCGGCUCCCUCGUGGGGGCUUACUCUGGCUUAUCCGACUCGGAGGAUGAUGUCCCAUCGGCCAACGACAUGGUAGCAGCUUCCGAGUCCUCUUUGAGUUCUCUCUUGGAAGCAUACUCUGGGUCCUCAAGUGAGAGCGAGACUUCCACAGACGAUAGAAUGACUACGCCGACCGAUAAUGCCCCCUCUUCGGCGCCCACGGACGAGAGCAUCGACACAUGCGCCACAUCCCCGCCGGCGAGCCCCAUCCCUGACAAGCUUACCUUCCAUCCGAGCCACCACCCAGAAGGUUUUCUGCGCAUCCCCGUAUGGUCUUACGAAUCGCGUUUGUCCAGGCGCACCAGCUCUUCCCAUAGCAAGCCGAACAUCCUCUCCGUGAAGCCGUUGCGCGUCGCACCGAAGCCGCCGAUCGCCAACAAGUCAGCUCAAGGAUGUAUUUCUGCUACGGGUGUGUUCUCUACACCGGGUAGCAGCCCAUGGCGAGAGGAUGUCAAGCGAGCAGAAAGCACGAAGCUCAAGGACGUUCGCCGGGCCUCGAACAGAAGAAGUGUCGCACCGACGCCCGUCGCAUUGGACAUUACAUCCCUGCUCCGGGAACUGGAGGAGGAUGAGAUGCCAGAACCUCCACGAGGGCCGGUUUCCGACAACGCGACCCAAGCCUCCGAGUCUGCUCCAGCCAAAAGGGCAGCAGGAGACCCGCUCGACGAAGACUUUUGUCAGGACCCAUUCCUAGAAUCACUGCGGUGGCUAUACACGAGUCGUAUCCAGCUUUGGCGUUCAGAAGUUAUCGACGAUGAAGACGACGACGAUGACGACGAGGAGCAGGCUGUUGAUGAAGAUUUCGAUACUAUCGCCUCUAGGAUGGCAGCCCGUGUUGCUGCGUGGAGACCCACCGACGAGGUUACCCCGGCUGUCAAGGAACUCCGAGACUCGUUCGUUCAGUUGCAGGCUAUGGUUUCUGAGAUCGAACAGGACCAAGGUUCUUUGCAAGGAGGUCCUCCCGCGCCGGCCUCAGAUAACGAUGUCAAGGGCACGGUGACACGCACUACAAGCGUUGACGGAGAAGUACAAUCCAUGUCCGGGGGCGAUAUACCCGUUGUUGCGCUGCUGGAAGAAGCAAACAAGCAGGUGCACAAGGAAGUUAUUGAAGCACCGCGCCUUACCGCCGCAGAGAAGGGCAAGGCACGUUUGGAGAUAGACCAACGCGAGACACAAGACGAUGUUACCACGAGUAGGGCUGUUUUCGAGCCCGUACUCAAUGUGGAAGACUUUUUGACCGACGAAGACACUUCGGGCGAGACUUUCCUGUCUUACCUUCCUCUCCCUGAGACACCCAAGUUCUUCCUUGGCGGAACUUGGACGCUGGCCGUAGUGCCAUCCGCGGGGUACACCAGUCCCUCAUCUCGUUCACACCAAUUUUUCGGUGAGCAGCCCACGCGGUCCUUGCGUGGUAAACCCGAGUCGCUCCCGAAUGCAACGACAUCAUACUGGACCAUCGGCGGAAGCCACGGCAAGCUUCCACACAUACACAAACCCGCCACAGCAUCGUUAUCUGUUAGUCCUCCCAUUGUCGAGCAUCAUGCUCCGAUACCUACGAAACGCCGGCUCAACACGGGCGUACACCCCGAUAACGCGGGAGGUUGGAGUCGGUUGUUUGGCCGGCGUAGCCUGUCGACUUCACAUCCAGAUGCCCUCGUUUCACCUGCGUGCCACACGCAUGCGCAAGCAAGUCUUUCUGCGACCGCGCCCCCUCCGUCGCCCGUAGUCAGCGAGGCCUCAAUUGACGACUCCGAUGGAGCUGCAUCGGACAUCUCAACGGAUUCGCCCAUGCUCUCAGGGCACUGCGUCGCCCCAUCCCCCGUGUCCACCUCUCCUGUGUCCACCGUUGGACGGGGUAGUGGGUUCAGUGGCUUGUUCAGUCGGUGGUUCUGAGGACGUCCAGUAUGGAGUGUCAUAUCGGCCGGAUGGACCAUUCUUUGGACUGUAUAUAUGAUAUUGCCAUCGACGUCCUUGGUUCCUAUGAAUACACUGUGAAUCUUUGUAAUCCCGUAGCUGCAGCAUGAAGAGGCUGAGAGA